GCGGAAUCGAGUCAAGAGAUCCUCUUUUAUCCUUCCACCCUGCCCUCGGUUUCCCUCUCUUCAACAGUCCACGCAGCUUCGCCUCCCGCAAAUUCAACCACAACUGGAGACGAACGACCGCUGCCGCCGGGGAAAUUAUAAAGCGAAUAUGGCCUCAACAUUCGGUGCGCUCUGUGCUUUAACAGCCCUUUUCCCAGCUAUCGUGACUUCCAUACCGUUCGUUCCACGAUUCGUAUCUGAGAAUCAAAUCUUGGCUGCAUACGAUUAUGUUGUUAUAGGAGGUGGGACCAGCGGCCUGGCCGUUGCCAAUCGUCUUUCGGAGGAUUCCUCUAAAACCGUUCUGGUGAUUGAGUCUGGACCAAUGGAUGAUGGAUCUGAAGAUUUCAAAAUACCGUAUCUGGGUCGUGGAUACAAGAAUUUUGGAACUAAAUAUGAUUGGAAUGUUACCUCUGUGCCGACUGCAUCGCUGGGAAAUAGAACAAUCAUAAUGCCACAGGCGAGGGUGUUGGGGGGCACGUCUUCUAUCAACGGGAUGCAGUUCGCAAAGGGAGCCCCCUCGGAUUACGAUGCCUGGGAAGAGCUGGGGAAUGAAGGAUGGAACUUCAAGUCGCUGACAAAGUACUUCGAAAAGUCUGAAAAUUUCACAGCCCCAUCUAAGAAACUGGUGGAGGAGUUUGGGAUUACUUAUGACGAGUCUGCACAUGGAUCCACGGGGUUUAUACAUUCGAGUUUUCCAAACUUUCUCUGGCCUCAGUUGAAAAACUGGAUCGGAGCUAUGAAAAGCCUCGGACACUCCGUCUCGCAGGACCCAGCGAAUGGAGGUGCUCUCCAAUUAUUCUGGUCGCCAUCCUCGUCAAACCCUGAUACGCAAACCCGUUCCUUCUCGCGAGAAUAUUACGAUGGUGCACGAGACCGACCGAACCUGCAUGUCCUGCUCGAAACCACUGUUACUAAGUUGUUGACUUCCGGAGAUGAGAGAAUUAGAGUCGAUGCUGUAGAGUUUUCGAGCUCAGUGGGAGCCCCAAAGAAGCACGUCAAGGUUAAAAGAGAGGCUGUUUUAGCUGCCGGUUCGAUCUUCAGUCCUCAAAUCCUUCAAGUUUCCGGGAUUGGCCCGACGAGUCUUCUCAAAUCGUUAGGAAUCGAGGUAGUCGUUGAUCUCCCGGGUGUGGGUGCUAAUCUACAGGGUCAUGUCUAUAUUGCCACCUUCUAUCAAAUGACAAAUGUCUCCCUCUCAGCGGCAAACCUCACCACUAAUACAACCUUCUACAACGAAAUGUACGAGUUAUACAAAGCUAAACGUGAUGGUCCCUUUACCAAUGGAGGCGCAUCAAACAUGAUAGCCAUGCUCCCCCUCUCAGACAUAACUUCCGAUAACCUCCACAGCCUCCUCGAAACCCCCAGUGAGACCUCCUACCGGGACACGAGCAUAUCCAAGGGCUACCAAGCUCAACUCAAAAUCCUCCUCCGCCACCUGACUACCCCCAAAAUGGCCGCAACAGAAAUGCUCUGGUUUAGUGAAGGUGGCGCAAUCCUCUCGGUAAUGCACCCCCUAAGCCGCGGCACCGUCACAACAACCUCCUCUUCCCUCCUCGCCGGAAUACCAGCCAUAAACACCGGGCACCUCUCUCACCCACUCGAUACCAAAAUCUUUAUAGAAACGCUGAGGUACACUCGCAAGAUCAUUGCAACACACGAAAUGCGAGAGCUGGGACUCGUAGAGGUGCUCCCCGGAGCGGAAGUGAACACGGACGAGCAGCUCGAGAAGGCGAUCAGGGAUGGAUCUGGCUAUAUGUAUCAUAUGACGGGCACAUGUUCUAUGAUGAAGAGGGAACUUGGUGGGGUCGUGGAUAAGGACCUGAGGGUUUAUGGAGUGAAGAAUUUGAGGGUUGUGGAUGCUAGUGUGCAGCCGUUGAUCCCAGCUGCGCAUGUGCAGUCCACGAUUUAUGCUGUUGCUGAGAAGGCAGCGGAUUUGAUCAAGGCUGGGAGCUUGUGGCGGGAUUGAAGGGUGUGGUUUAAUCUAGCAGCGUAGAGGUUCCUUUUAUCUUAGUGAUCUACCAUACUCGGACUCAUGACCUCUGUCCCACCCGAGUCCUGCUUCUCAAUUCAAUCGUAUUACUAGUA